ACGAUGGCCAAUUGCGCCGGAGGACAUAUCGAGUCUCAUCCUAGAAACAGGCCUCGGAUAAUGUUUUAUUGCUAAAUCUCUGUCGGGGUCUAGUCAUGAAGUUCCUUCACCUUCAAACUUGUGAAGUGAGUUUCGCGUGGCAAUGAACACAUCGCAUAAGGAACUUGUGAAGUUCCUUCAUGUUCUACGUGUUGAGGCGGUGUCACCCAUCUAAUAAUAAAGAAGAAGGAAUGUAUAAAUCAUCAUCGCUCGUAUCGUACGUGUUACAAGGAAGACUUAUUCUCACUCAAGGGCUAAUCUGCGUAAAUAAAGGUACGAGACAGAAUUUUCAUCCGAGGCCCGACUUUUUCAUCCUUUUCACUGUUUUCUCCCUUACGUUCCAAAAGCACAAGCCUCAGCAUUCUUUGGUCAAAAGGUUAGGAGGACCAGAAGCUUUUUCCAUCAUCAGCUCAUCAGUUCAUCACGAGAAUCGUUAAAAACUACCCUUUAACUCAAAAGAAACUGCAUUCUCACUCUAAAACUGUCUCCCUCUCUCGCUGUGCGUUUCUUUUGCGUUCAAAAGUCAUUCUUUCUUUGAGAAUUGUGAAAGACGAUUUCUGAAAAGAAAAAGGGAGAUCAUCCACCAAGAACACGAAGAAAAAGAUUGCAAAAUCGCGCGCAUUCUCCAGCACAUGAUGAUCCCUUUAUCAUGCUCUCAAGCAAUCAAAACCAUCCUCUACAAAACAGUACUAAAAAUUCGAUUCAAAUUUCAAAAGCACUGAAACCCAAGUAUCCAUCAUUAGGCAUAUAUAAGGAGUUCCCCGAAAAACAGAGCACCCUCGAGAAGAACAAACAGAGUACGAAAAAGAUGGCGACUCUGCAGAAGUUCAAGCUCUUCGCUGCCCAGUGCGGCGUCGCCCCGAGUCCCACGCGCAGCCCAAGGGCGAGCCCCGUCGUCCAGCUCCGCCGCCAGAGCCAGAAGACCACCCUGCGGAUGCUCUUCACUCGCGGCGGCGUCGUCGGGGCGCGGCGGGUCGACUCAGUCGAGCCCGAAUUGGGCCACGAGAAGAAGAAGAAGAGCGUGAGCGGACGCACUCUGAAGGACCUGUUCGUGUCGCCGCCACCAAGUCCGGAAAGAGACCACGACAGAAGAGGAGGCGCCAGAGGAGAUAGAAGUGGUGGGGAGGAGGUGUUUCCUUUCCAUGCCGGCAGUCUAGGCGGCCUGAUCACCGGACCGGGUUCGCCGAGGCCGGUCUUCAUGGGGCUGCGGUUCAGGUCGCUGAUGCUCAGGAAGGCUUGGCGUCCCACGCUCGAAACAAUACCCGAGUGACAUGAUAUGCAACAUGCGGAUCGCAAAAUUUUGCCUAUGCACCGUGACGAGGGCCGUUGUUCCGCGUGGCAGAUCGACUCGUUCUUCCCACUCAUUCCCCUAGACUCCAAUCUCGAUCUUAUCUUCGCGAUCCGCGUUGCAUAUUUCUGUUCGGUCUCAAGAUAGUGCAGAUGAGAUUCUAAUGAAAUCAAUCGCCGUUCGAAAA